AUGCAAGGGUACGGCAGGAGAGGCUGCACGCUUUCCUCGCGUCUCUGCUCACUGUCCUCCCUCACGCACCUCUUCAUCGAGUGCCUCUCCCCCUCUGUCACACUCCCCUCCGACCUCGGCUGUCUGCUCAACCUGCGCUCGCUCUCCCUCUAUGGCACCUCUCUCUGCCUGCCACACUCCCUCUCCUGCCUCGCCCCGUGCUUGCACUCGCUCAAACUGCACUACAGCGGCUACAGCGACGAGGACCCCUUACACCGGAAGCUGCCCCCCUGUCUCAUGCUUCUCACCUCCCUCACGAGUCUUCACCUUCACAAUAUGUACCUGCCGCUGUCCCCUCCGCUUGCCUUUGCCCGCCUGCGCGCCCUCCGCACACUACGCAUCGAGUAUGACAUCACCUUCCCCAGCCACGUGUCCUUUCCAGAAGACCUGGGCCAGGUGGCAGCCUUGGAGUGGCUGGAGCUGAAGUACUGCUCCAUAAGUCCGGGGCUUCCGCAGUCACUCUCUGCGAUGAUCUCACCACUCUGCCUGCUAGCUUCGGUUCUCUAUGCUCCCUGCAGCGCCUCUCUGUCGACUCGUGCAAAAAUUUCCACCAUCUGCCCGACUCUUUCUCCUCUCUUUCUGCCCUGA